AUGUAUAUAAAUCUUCGAUUGGCUAUCAAAUCGUGCAGGAAAUCAACAGUCGUCUGGCGCUGCGUCGUUCCACCGACAAGAAGCGCAACGGAUUCGACAUUGCCCUGGAGUAUCAGAAGCGACUGCUCAGUCACUCGCCCUCCAUCCCGGUGGCCGACACCGCCAACAACAUCUCCUCCUCCUCCAACAACCCCUCCAAUCACAGCAGCAUCUCACGAUCGCUCUCAUUCGACAGUUCCGAUUCCUCAUCGGUUUCGUCGUCGUCGUCCUCUCCACCUGCCACACUCAUCGACCUCGACCACCUCGACGACAACACCAACCCAAACAGUGGCGGAAGACAACAACAGAAACGAGCUACUAAACUCAUCUGCAAGAUCUAUAUACAACUAUAUAAACUACGAAAGGAAAUUGAAUAAUAUCAAUCAAGAUAUGUUUUUAAGUGCUGAUGAUUUUUUACCUGUAAGUUCAAAUUGUUGCUUUAUUUAUAUUUAUGUAGUUGUAAAUUCGGGAGUGAAAGAUUUAGAGUUUAUCAAUCAAUAUCUUUGGCAACUUUGUGAUCCAGAUCGAUUGGGAGGUGAAGGUGGAUAUUAUUUGACGGUUUUCAGUUCGACUUUGAGUUUGCUACGAUCGUUGAACAUGGAGAAUAUCGAGAGAGCAACUAUGAUCGACGAUUUAAUUCUGCCUAUAAAGUCAUUGUCUGGUGGUGGUUUUUCUUCUUCAUCUUCGUCACCUCCAUCAUCACCAUCUUCUUCAUCUUCUUCACCUUCGCCUCUAAACUCAUCGACCUCUAAUGGCUGGAACAGUGCAUCGAUUUCCAGAAGAGAAAGAGCACAAAGUCUAAGUCUUGGUGGUAAAUCAAAUUCACUAACUUCUUUUCCAACUUCACCAUCAUCAUCAUCAACAACAUCAACUUCAACAACCAACCAAUAA